GAUCAGAUUUUGUGCGAUCUCGUUGGGGCGAGAUGCCGUCGCAAUAUCCUUCGAUUCAGAGUUUCUUUCGGAAAGAGGUUAAGGGGGAUGAAGGAAUGUCUGCUUUGCAUGUGGUGAGAGAGCAGAGGGGAGGGGAGGAGAAUGAAACGGGUGAUGGAUUUGCUAGGGAUGGUGGUGGAGAGAAUUAUGGGGUGGAGAGGGAUGGGACAGAUGAGAAAGAUGAAUUGGGUGAUGGCUUUACGGAAGAAGAAUUACACGAGGCGAUGGAUCCUUUGGCUCAAAAGUGGAAUCCGAGUAGAGAGUAUGAGAGUAUGACGGUGGGAGAGUUGAUUCCUGGACCAAAAGCAGUUACCUUCAUAGGUAGAGUGGUCAGUUUCGCGACAAUCAUUGGGAAAAGUGCCAAACAGCCAAGAGCUCGGGGAUGGCAUUAUGUUGGUGUUAGGGGAGAGGGUGGUGUUGUUUCGAUCAAACUAUACUUCGCAAACCAAUCUUACCCCCUCAAAUUGGGUCAACUUCUCUCAAUCUGGACGGCCUUCAUAUCCGAUACUUCGAAAGCCGACGGUGCAUCCACAGCUGGUAUUCUCGUUUGCGCAAACUUAUUUCCUGGCCGCAAUACGAGUGAUCACUUGAUGAUUCAUACUCAUUCCGGUGCUGCAGAUGUCUGUCGUAUUCCUCUUGGUUACGUCAAGGGCGAACCAUUGCCUGGGCUCAUGACAUUGGAAGCUUAUCUAAAUGGAGGGUAUGAUGGAGUUCUAGAUGUGAAAUUACUCGUUUGUGUAAAGAGUAUCGGUGCCAAGAAGAAGAUUGUCAAGAAAGAUGGAGGAGAGUCAGAUCUUAUCGAAGUGGUUCUCUUUGAUCAUACCGGCGAAACGAAAAUGAAAUGUUGGUCGGAUUUGAUCGAGAGUGUGAAGGAAUGGAUACCAGGAAAAAAGACCCUGCUAGUUUCAAAUCCAUUGCAUAAGCUUGAUUAUGGAGGUAAAGGAACAAUAGCUUGGGGAAGAAACACAAUGGUAGAUGUGGAACCGGAAUUUGCAGAUGCGAAUUGGUUGAGAAAGUGGGCAGAUGGAUUGUUGAGGAAAGAGAGUAUAGGAGUAGAGUUUCCAAGUGAGGUUUGGGGAGAGGAAGAUAUCGAGGAAGCGAUUUAUGGUCCUAGGACGGCAUUAUUUGGGUUGAGGGAUGUAGAAGAGUGGGUUAGAGGAGGUGAGGGAGAGGUGUUUACAGGGUGGAUUAGUGUUGUGUUUGUGGAAUUGAGCUUGGUGAAGAUGUGGAGGAGAAAUAUCUGCGGUAUACAGCUCUACUCUUCCACCCCCAGUCUCGGAUGCCCGCACUGCUCGAAGCCUCUACAACUCCUCGUGAAUCCGAAAAUUAUUACGACAUUAAUCGAUGAAACGGGAAUGAUACAUGGAGGGAAAUUAGUCUGGAGCGAGAAGGCGUGGAAGGAGUUAUUGGGGAGAGGAACAGAGGAGUUGUGCGAGAUGGGGAUUGAAGAGGUGAAGAUGUUGGAGUGUAGGAUGGUGGGGAUGAGGGUUAGUUUGUGUUUUGGGUGGGAGGGAGAUGGUGGUGAUGGUAAUGAAGGGGGAGGAGGAGUUGGGGGGAGGUUGUGUGUUUUGGGGGUGAGGAGUUGA